AUGAAACUGUUACAUGGCAAUGCAAAUAUUCCCGACAUUAAGUCCAUAUUUGGUUCAGAUUUUUCUGGAUGUAUUAACAUGAAUGUAACGCCUGGCAGCAAAUCAGCAAACCUAGUACCAUACGCCGUUAAAAAGUUCCAAAGUGGAGAGACAGAUACGAUUAUAUGGUGGAGCAAACAUGGUGCUGUUGCGAAGACUGUUGCGUGUGCUGAGAUGUUCAAAAGCAUUGUGCUCAAUGCACAAACGUCACAGUUAGAUGGUUCCAGCCCAACAAAAAUGUACCAGUGUAGUCGCUUGCAUCUUCAAUCGUGUAAUUGCUCAGUUCCUGAUACAACAAUAUCUUGCACCCUGGAAGAACCAGGAAUAGCUAUCCUGUUUUCUAAAUCUCAGUUCCCAGGAGAAGAUUGUCAACUGCCUGUUGAUUUUGGGGGUAACAGUUUUUCAGACUUCACGAACAUAGGAGCAACAUCUCAAUUAAAUUUAGAUCAUCCACCUAGUCGUCGUCGCUUAUCUCGUACUAUUCGGAAAAAACGUAAUACUGUUCGUGAUUCCAAUAAAAACGAGGCCAAGUUUGUUAAUAAUUGUUCUUCAGAGAUGGGUGACUUCCAUAGUGUCCCUUUUCAAACACCCCGUCUGUCCGAUGCUAUUUCAAACGUAAAUAAUGUAUUAAAGCACAAAAAAUUGAAUAGGAAACGAAAAAAGUCGUCAAAUCAGUAA